AUGAAUGAUUCUUCUGAUAACAAUAAUGAUUACGAGCCGUAUAAAAGGGCUCAACCAUGGGCGACCUUGCCCUACAAUGGAGGAGGUGAGCAGCAAUGCAGUGGUCGGGAAAGGCAAGAAAUGGGAGAACCGAUGGACAAAGGUAUUGUUGCGGAGCAGUUCGCCAAGGCUUACAUCGGCAUGACUUUAGCUGAGAUAAGGAAUAAUGCUCAAGUUCAACCGUGUUUUAAUCCCAGCAUUUGUGCUCAGCAAUGGUCGCGCCUCGGCAUCAAGCAUUUGAGAGAGGAAUAUCUCCGUUAUCGCGCAAACAGUCUCGAUGAAAGGGCUCUUUUUUUACAAGAGAUGUUCAAUGAACUAAUGUACUUCAACCCCCGCUAUUCGCAUGGAUAUUUGGACGCAGGAAGAUUAUAUGGGAAUUUGGAAAAACAAUGGCAACAAGUCCCCUUCAAAGACAGGGAGGAUUACCGUCGAAAGUUUUGUGCUUUCAGAAUCCUCGAUGAGAAUGUACCACUCACUACGGUAUUUACCUAA